AUGCUUUUGGGAAGAAGGCGUGCCAUUUGCCUUAGGUUCCUUCCUUCUCAAAGCAAUUCCCAAAUCUCUUGCUCCCACUGGCAGAGGAAUCCUGGGUUGCACACUCUUGCUCUUCCGGUCACGGAUUCAAUUUACUGCUCAGUCCUUGCCGCCACAGAUCCGAUCAUGCCGCACAAACCCUCGCGAGGGAAACAGCCCAUCGGAAGCCGCUGCUCCCCAGAAGAUUCGCCGCCUAGAUGGAGUGCUCAUUCUCACAAGCUUUUGCUGGAUGUCACUGACGCUGAUAGGGCCAUACAGCUGAAGUUACGCCUGCUUCAUGUCUGGUCUUCCUAUGCGCCAUCGGACCCGACGAAAUUGUUCAACUACUGCACCCUUUGGUGCGACGAGAUGGGCACCCUGAUCCAUGGCUUGGCGCCGACUACACUUACCGACCACUUCAACGACCUAAUCAAAGUCGGACGGGUUUACGUCCUUGGCGGUCUUGACCUCCAGCCUCCACGCAAUUCCUACCGUCCUUGCUCUCAUCGUUUGCACAUCGUCCUCUCCCGCAAUACUACCUUUGCAGACGAGACAGAUGCUUCGCCAAACUUCAUGCCUAAUUCAUUUGAGUUUGUUUCGUUCGCAUCUCUCCACCCUCAAACCAUCUCCUCCUCGCAGCUCAUAGACAUCAUUGGUAGGGUUGUAAGCAUCACUGGUGUUAAUUACUCCAAAACCAACUAUGGCAGAACAACCCGCCAAAAUAUUGUCCUUGAAAAUAAAAGGUCCCACUCUCAUUCUUAA